AUGUCUGGGCUGUUCAUUGCUCCGGUGAUGAAGCUCUUCUAUAUCAAGGUGGCACCGCUCAACAUGACGCUGCUUUCCUUUGUGGAUGAUGGGACCAUUCUGGCCCAAUCCAAACAACUUGAUGAUAAUAAUGUGGGCCUGCGUAAGGCCUACAAAAUUAUCUACCUUCUCUUUGUUGCUUUCGCACUCGUUCUUGAACACGACAAGACCGAGCUGUUCCACUUCUCGUGUCGACGAGACACCUACAAUCCCUUGCUGGAUCUGGGGUACGCCCUGCAUACUGGCACUACACCUUUGAAGCCCAAGACCUAUUGGAGGUACCUGGGCUUCUACUUCGACCGUGGGCUCACGUUUCAUGAGCACGUCCGCUACUAUGCCACCAAGGUGUUCACCACCGUGCAGGCCAUGCGCAUGCUCGGAAACUCUACCAGAGGUCUCUCGCCUAAGCAGCGCCGCCUCUUAUAUAGAUCAUGUGUGGUUCCCAUUGCCACAUACAGCUAUCAUCUCUGGUAUUUCGAUGGCGCCCGUAAUAAGGGUGCGAUGAACCAGCUAAAAUGGAUGCAGCGAAAAGCUGCUCUAUGGAUUACCGGUGCCUUCCGCACCUCACCCACAGGCGGUCUUGAGGCCUUGGCAGGUCUCAUCCCCGUCCAUCUUAUGCUGAAGAAGCUGGCAACACAUGCAGUGUAUCAUGUCGCUACCCUCUCGGAUACUCACCCCCUCCGCUCCAUGAUGGGCGAGGGACUCCUCAAGCGGGCCGCACCACACGCUCGCUCAGCCACCUUGAUGACCCCAGCUAUGCGAGGGAAAGUCAAGAGCACUGUCAUGGAGGUGGACGAGCGUGUCCACACCUUAACUGAGAGCUUCGAGCCCUUUGUGCCCGAAGCUCGCCCAGGCGAUUGGUUACUGGACCGCUAUGCGGACCACGAGCUCAUCGCUAAAGUGAGGGCCGACCCUUUAACAGUACUGGCUGCAACUGAUGGCUCUGUCCCUCAGUCCAACCAGUAUCAGGCAGCUUUGGCAGCCAUCAUCUACAAGGGACAUCGUGAGCUCGAAAGGACCUGUUAUGUCUCUGGCAGAGUUACCGCCCUGGAUGCGGAACUCAAUGCCAUCUCGUGUGCAGUGUGCCUUGCUAUUAAGCAGGCGAACUGCCAACAUAUUAUGGCUUUUAGCUUGUCAGUCUGUCGUGCUCUCCAAGAGUGGUUCGAAGCCGAUGACCUCCGCCGCAUCACCUUUGUCUACAUUCCGUCCACUCUGCAGUGGGAUAUCCAUGGUGAGGCACACAAGUACGUCACCAAGCUUAAAGUCAAGGUUGGACGUCGCAAGACGGACAAUUCUAUAGAUGCGCUAUGCUCUCGAGCUGCACACUCAGUCCUGGAUUCGUGGAAUUCCACCUUCCAGGAUCCAACUUACCGAGGCUCUGAAUUCUUAGAGCUUCAACAGCCUGACGGGUGGCCGCUACAGCCAUCGUACCUCAAUGGGGGACCUUGGCUUUCAACUUUCGGACACAGUAUCACUGAGUUCGCCCGUGUUUGCCGGUGUAUAACUGGCCACGCGCCCAUUGGAGCAUACUAUCAUCGCUUCAAGAUCAAUGAGCCUCACGGCUGCACUUGCGGGGCUGCUUUGCAGUCCCACCAGCAUAUUCUCUUUUGCUGCCGUGAUAGAUAUUCUGUACAUUACCCCCAUUUUCUUGGGGAUAUUGCAUCGUUUCUGAAGUACAACCCCACAGUGUUUGGCUUCAACUAG